AUGGCGGAGCAAGUCUUUCAGCUGGACAUUGAGUGCCACGAGGGUGAGCGCAGCAACCGGAUCUGGGUGCCCAUUGGCGGCCACGAGCCGGUGCGACGGCUGCUGGAGAAGGUCCGAGAGCGAAGCGAGAUGGACUUGACGACGUUGUACACGCUCCGUGAUGGCCUCAAGGCCUUGCUGGACCUCGACGACACCCUGCACUUGGUGCUGGAUUCUGGGGAAAACAGGCUUAGAGCAGAGGCCGCCCCGAACACAGGUAACGUCACCGCCGCAGGCAUGGCAAUCAAACAGUCGAGCAGCGCAGAGGGGCCUGAGCCAAGCCCUGGCGAUGCCCCGAAAAACGAGGAAGAGGAGCUGGAGCCAGAGUUUUCAGAGGAAGAGUCCUGCGAAGCGGUUGAGGGUGCAAAGCGCAAGCUAGACCGGUCGGGCUGGUCUUCGACGCCUGUGGAAGUGGGCUGUCCAAGGCUUGUGAAGCCGAGGACUUUUUGUCUUGAAGCAUCCUCUGACCGCGAGUCUUCGGAAAAUGCCAGGCUGCAGCAGGAGGAAAACAAACCAGCUCCCACAGCAAUAGAGGUGGAGUCAGCCGAUGAAGAGGAGAAUAAGAUAAGCGCGGAGGGCUGUUCCGCAGUCACGGACGACCUCCCGAGCCGACAUGGCGAGGUUUGGAGCCCUUCAACUUCGUCCAACUGGCAAGAUUGGGGCAGCUGGCAGUCUUGGGAUCACGCAAGGGAUUCUCAGGAUGCCUGGUGGGAAGACCCAGCGGCCGCUGGCUCCUGGGCGCUGCAGGAGCUCCGUGCGAUUUCAAGGAGGCUGAUCGGAGCCCAGGAGGCGCUGGAUUACGAACGUUUUCACCGGGAAGAGAAGCACGACCUCGUGGAGGAGACUUUAGAAGCGGCCGAGAAGGCCCUGAAGGCUGAACGGGGCCGGAACCGGAUGCUGGAAGAUCACAGCAAGAUCCUGCAAGACGAGCUCUCCAUCUUCAAGGAGAAGCUGGGAAAAGCCGCAGAAGCUCUGGAGUCAGAGCGCAGAGAGCAUAAGACGCUGCAGGAGAAGCUCUCUCUCAUGGAAGAGAAGAUGAACACCGCUGAUGCUGUGAUGGAGCAUGAACGCAGCCAGAUUGAGUUCCUGCAGGAGAAGCAUGCUACCAUGGAGCGGGAGUUGAACGCAACCCAGAACACUUUGGAGGUUGAGCGCCUCGCUCACAAGCUCGUCAGGUCUGAGCGACGGACGGCUAAGGAGAAGAUCCAGGAGCUUGAGGCCGAAGUGCUUUCGGAGCGGACGAGACGGUCGGCUGCAGAGGAGCAGCUGUUGAAGCUGCAGACGCAGAAGAGCUCUGCGAGUCUCGGUGCUUCCUGGCAGUAUGAGCUGGAUGGCAGCUGGUACGCCUUCCCACCGGAAGGCAACCAGCAGAUGAAUCAGGCUUAUGUGGCCUUCACGUCUGGUGAGCAGGCGCAUCAUGGCGCAACCAUCGUGGUUGGCAGCGUUGGGCGCAUCAUCGAUUUUGCACGGAUGACCCAGCAGAAUGCUGUUACAAAGAAGGUGCGCAACAUCCGCAUUUGCACUGGGGUGCCUGCCCAGUGGGCAAGCCCUGCAUCAGCUCUGCUGACGCAGAACGACAGUUUGGCAUCCUUCUAUGUUGAGGUGGAAGAUCCUCAGAUUUUUCAGCAGGUGUCUCAAAUUCUGCAGGACUCGGGCCAUACAUGGGAUGUAUCGAGCCCCUGCUCCUGCAUCAAGACCGCCACAGUCAAGUCUAUCCACCGAAUCGAGAACUUUCGCCUCUGGCAUCGGUACCAAGCCCGGCUUCAAGCCAUGAGGGAGGACCAUGCCAAGUGCAAGGUGCGCGUCCCAGGUGCGGCGCUGGAUCUCGAUGGCCGCAGCAAGGUGAUGAGUGAAAGUCAAGGUGUUCUGGACUGCGGUGAGCCCCUGGCCAGUGACGUGGAUGAGAAGAUCUUGCUACAUGGCACCUCCUAUACCAAUGCUGAUGCAAUCGUCACUGAAGGCUUUGAUCACAGGACCUGCCAUCGCGGCCUCUACGGGGACGGAGUCUACUUUGCAGGUGCAUGGUGCAAGAUCCAUCAAUACACUUGCUCACUUCACUCCGGCAAAGCAUGCCGCUGCAAGCAGGAGAGGACCUUGAUCAUCGCGCGUGUGGCGCUCGGUGAUCCAUACUAUGCCCCGGCAACCCUGAAGGGUAACAGAAGGCCUCCGAACAGAGCCCUUUCGACAGGCACGCACGGCUCUGUUGUGGUCAAUCCGGGACAAAUCCAUGGACAUCACAACUCCCACCAAGCUCACCAAGAGUUUGUGAUCUUCGAUCGCGAGCAAGCGUAUCCAUGCUUCGUUGUCCAGUAUGUGCUCUGA